CCACGCGAUUCUCCACGGCGCUUCGCCGUUUCACGGCCGCCGCCGCGCCGCCCGCUUAGCGCGCGGUUCCCUUCCUCCCCUCCUUCCCUCCAUCCCCACGCGGGAGGCCGCCUGUCCUUGCGAAGAUGCUGGGGUUCUCGACCUGCCAGCUGCUGGUCAUCCUCGGGGCCUGCUCCGUCAUGAUGAAGCCCAGCGACAUGGUGAAGAUUGCCAGGACGGCCGGGAGGAUGACCGGGAGGGCGGUCGGGCGUCUCAUCGUGGCGCGCCGGCAGCUCGACGAGAUCCUGGGGCAGUCUGCAGCUACCCAGGUUCAUAAGGAGCUUAAAGAUGCGAUGACCCAGCUGGACUCAAUUCGUUAUGAAGUUCAGAACCUGUCUAGAUUAACUCCUGGUCACUUCAACAUGAGACAGCAAAACACUGGCAUGGCUGAAGUGGGGAAAUCUGAUGCCUCUGAUAUUUCUGUAACUAAGCCAGACGAAUUUCGUCAUGAAAUUCGAAGUAUAAUUCGUGAAGAAAUAGAAAGUUUUUGUAGAAUGCGUGAUUCCAAUAAAAACUUUGCAAGCACAACUGAAGCUAGAAAAGUUGAUGUGGCUGAUGAACAUAUGUUACUGAAAGCCAAGGACAUAAAAAUGGCUAGUACAGGAUUGACAAAUCUACACAGCCAAGCAAUGACGUAUGCAAGGCUAUCUGAAGCCCCAGGACUCAAAGCAGACUAUUCCUUGAGUGGGGACAAUCAAGAACAACUCAAGGAAAACAAUGGGUUGCUAAAUGUACUGCCAGUAUCAGCUGAAAGUGCUGGAUUACUUCCAAACCGCUCAGGUGGACCAACAGGCUCAGACCUAGUGCUUGAAGCUGUGCUUGAAGCAGAGGUUGCUGAGAAUGCCAAAUUUUUUGUCUCGCAGCCUCAUGGUCAAUUGCCUAAGGAGUGAUGCUGACGAUGUGCUUUGAAUAGGAAGUUGCAAACAGCACCAAACUCUCCUACACUCAUGUACUGUGUAAAACUUAGUUGAGAUGGUGGAACAUCGAGUUGUUGACCAUUAUAUCGAUGGUUCAAUACUCUAAUGUUAAAUCAAGCCAGAAGGUCCUGCUUCAGAAACUGGGCAACCAUGAACCCUUGUUCAUCUUGAAGGCUGUCUUGGAUGGUUACUGAGGUUUUCAGACGUUUGACAGGACUGUACAAAUCAGCAUAGUUGCUGCGCUGAUGUGGAUGGACUGGAAUGCUUCAGCUUCACUUGCAGCUCUUUUCUGCUGUCAUUGUAGAUAUAAUUGCUUGGUGUUUUGCUGUAGUGAUUCUUCUUCGUUUGAUUGCUUUAGCAAUUGCCUAAUAGUUGAUCUGGUGGCACAUGACCAUGAGGGUUAUCUGAUGUUAUGUUAUGUAUCGGACAGAUGUUAGAAAGUUAUUAGUCCUGUUUAAAAAUAAUAAUUUACACUAUUUAGGGGCUAAUUAUUCUGUGCCAUAAUACUCUGUUGUUGGUUGCAUGUUGCUUCUGUCAUUAUUGUGUAUAUGUGAACAGAAGUUGCCACAGCAAUAGUGGUUGACUAGUUGUAUUUUGAUAAUGGAACUGAAUUGUCUGAUACCA